AUGGGCAAAGGUGGGAAAACCUGCCCUUACCAGCGUUCCCCAAAUGAACAGUCCAUUUUUAUUGUUCUGCUUACAAUAGAUGACAACUCUUUUCUCCUGCAGCAGAAGUACAGCCAGACCUCCUGUUUCUGGGAAAAACAACCCUCAGGCUGUUUGAGGAUCGGUUGUGCCUUCCAGCACAGCAAAGCUCGAAAUAUAAAUGGACUUUUCCUGCCUCCUAAUAACAAUGUGCCAUUGCAACAGGGUGGCCAAGAAAGGACUCUGCAUCCAGCACAUCUUCAAGAAUCACUCAGAAACCAAGAGAAUAUUUCCCUACCAGUUCAUGCUCCACUGAUUAUAAGGCUCAACAAUGCUGAAGAUGAACAGGACGAUGAAGAGGAUGAUGACAAAGAGAACUAUGUUUCUAAUUGGGUGCCUAAGACUGCUGCAGAAAUUGAAGAGGAAAGAACCAUAAAGGAAAUAUGCUAUAAAACUGGAGAGUAUUACAGGAUCAAGCACCCCCACAAACACCAAUCAACAGAAACUGUGUCUUCACCUCAGGAAAAGGAAAUAUUACUCUUGGAAGCUAUGGAGCGAGACUUAGAGAAAGGCAAGUAAUAUUCAUCUUCUCAGACAAUAUUUACCAUUAAUAGUUAACAUUUAU